CCAUUCUCACACUCAUUGGUUUCACCACCACCGCUCGCUGCUCUCUCUCUCUACUUGCUCUCUCUAGAACGACGACGGUGACGGCGACAGCGACGCCGGGGGUGGGGGCCUAGGGUUUCGGAAGCGUGGGGUUUAGGAGGAGAUCUCGAUCUCUGGAUCUGGAAGAGGAGGAAGGAUGAGCUUCGAUCCGGUUCCCUCGUCGAACAAUCAUGGCAACCUCGACGAGCAGAUAUCGCAGCUGAUGCAGUGCAAGCCGUUGUCGGAGCAGGAGGUUAGGAUGCUUUGUGAGAAGGCUAAGGAGAUAUUAAUGGAAGAAAGCAAUGUCCAGCCUGUGAAAAGCCCUGUGACAAUCUGUGGUGAUAUCCAUGGCCAGUUUCAUGAUCUAGCGGAGCUUUUCCGAAUUGGAGGAAAGUGUCCAGAUACAAAUUACUUGUUUAUGGGAGAUUAUGUCGACCGUGGUUAUUAUUCUGUUGAAACUGUCACGCUCCUGGUGGCCCUAAAAGUGCGCUAUCCUCAACGGAUUACUAUUCUAAGAGGAAAUCAUGAAAGCCGACAGAUCACUCAAGUUUAUGGGUUUUACGAUGAAUGCCUACGAAAGUAUGGCAAUGCUAAUGUUUGGAAGAUCUUUACAGAUUUAUUUGAUUAUUUCCCACUGACAGCAUUGGUUGAAUCUGAAAUAUUUUGCCUGCAUGGUGGGUUGUCCCCAUCUAUCGAGACCCUUGAUAACAUACGCAAUUUUGACCGUGUUCAAGAAGUUCCUCAUGAGGGGCCCAUGUGUGAUCUUUUAUGGUCUGACCCAGAUGAUCGCUGUGGUUGGGGUAUCUCGCCUAGGGGUGCUGGAUAUACUUUUGGCCAGGACAUAUCUGAACAAUUUAAUCACACAAACAACUUGAAGCUGAUCGCUAGAGCUCACCAACUGGUUAUGGAGGGAUUCAACUGGGGCCAUGAGCAAAAGGUGGUUACUAUAUUUAGUGCACCAAAUUAUUGUUAUCGCUGUGGGAACAUGGCUUCCAUCCUGGAAGUUGAUGAUUGCAAGGGCCACACAUUCAUUCAGUUUGAGCCAGCACCAAGGAGGGGAGAGCCUGAUGUAACUCGGAGAACACCUGAUUACUUCCUAUGAUGCAUCUGCCACUGAGACCUGGCUAACUUUCCAGUGGCGACUGCGCUGGUUUAGGGGUUGGGAGCUGUUUUCAAACUUUGACUUAUUCGCCAUGGUGGUGGUUGUGGGUGAGAGAAUGUAAAAUCAGCAGGUAAGGCUUCCUUUGAUUCAAUUAUUUCCCGAAACUGUACUGAGUUUCGGCAUAAGGAGGCAGUGGAGCUGGAGAAGCUGUAUCGCAGAUGUACCAUUUCCAGCAGACAAUGUGGCAAUCUUUUCUUUUCUGUUUUUCUGUUUUUUUUUUUUUUUUUUCUCCUUCAAAUAUUUGUCCUUUUGUUUCGUAGAAGGAUAUGGUUGUUUUGGGUGGGGGGAUGGGAGGGGCUGUAGAGGGAAAGAUGAGUACUUUUUUGGAACUUUUUUAAUGGGGUUGAUUUUAUAAUUUUUAUUUUCAAUAUUCCCCUUA